GGUGCGCCAAAAUAUCGAUAUGGCAAUAUAUCGCGAUAUUUCCUCCCGCGAUCGAUUCUCGAUGCGCUCUUGCCAAGUAUCGAUCUUAAAAAGCCGUUAUAAAACGCUCUAUUAGUAUUCAUUAUGCCUUGACCCUUCUCCAGAAGUAGAUAGGGGGCGCGCGAUGCGAGUUUGGCUGUUGUGUUGUGAGCGUAAAAGAAGACGUACACACACUUGAAAUGGCGGAGUCAAGCGACAAAAGUAGAAGUGAGAGCAAGAAGUUAAAGGACGCUCCAGCAACAUUUAAAUCCAAAGUGUGGGCUUACUUUGGAUUUUAUAACAGUGCUGACGGGGCAAAGCUAGAAAAGGACUACACAAUAUGCAAGAACUGCUUUGCAAAAGUCCGCUACACGGGAAACACGACCAACAUGCACAGCCACCUCUCGCGGCAUCACCCGGAGCUCUGUGAGAAAGCCGUGGUUGGUGCUGGCUCAAAGCCGACACACCCCGGCGUAAACACCCUUUUCCAGGCAAAGCUACCACCUUGUUCUGCUAGGGCAAAGUCAAUCACAAAUGGGAUCGCUGUUUACAUGUGUAAAGGGCUCCGUCCGUACAGCGAGGUGGAGAACGAAGGGUUCUGCUUUUUAAUGAAUAUCUUAGAGCCACGCUUUGAUAUUCCCUCUCGGAAAUAUUUUGCUGAAAAAAUGAUUCCGGCACUUUAUGACCAGACCAGGGCUAAAGUUGGGUCGGCACUCGAGUCGGCAGAAAGAGUAGGGCUCACGUGUGACGGAUGGACAUCGAGAGCCACAGAGUCCUACAUAACGGUCACUGUACAUUUUAUAAACGAAGACUGGGAAAUUAAGUCAUAUGUCCUGCAAACCCGAGCAAUGCACGAAACGCACACUGGGACACACAUUGCCGAUAUACUGAAAGCCGCAGUGGGGGAGUGGAAUCUUGACGCUAAGAAGCCAGUGGUUGUCACCGACAACGCAUCAAACAUGCGUGUAGCAAUAUCCUUAACAGGAUACCAACAUGUUAGAUGUUUUGCUCAUGUUUUAAAUCUUGCAUCCCAACGUGCGCUGAAAAUAGCUGCUGUUACCAAGGUACUUGUCAAAGUUAGGAGGAUCUCAACAUUCUUUCAUCGAAGCACAACUGGAGCAGAAGCACUGAAAAGAAACCAGGAACUCCUUGGCCUCCCCCUUCACAAGCUCAGGUUUCUUGAUCAACAGCCAGCUGUCUGUGCUGCCCUCUUAUCACCAGAGGUGAGAAAGAAUGUGACUGACUGUGCUCUGACAGAGAAUGACAUCUCAAGUGCUGAAGAGAUGGUGGAAGCAUUUAGACCAAUGCUUGUGGCAACAAAUAUCAUGUGUGAGGAAAAGAAUCCCACCAUUUCAGUGGUUGCUCCUCUUCAUGCCCAACUGCUGCGAGACACAACCAGCACUGAAGAAGAUUCCCCUCUGGUUCGAGAGAUUAAGGGAGCCAUCAAUCAAGACCUUUCAAAGAGAUAUCAGUCAGAGGUGGAAAAAGAUCUCCUACGCAUGUCCUCAGCCCUGGACCCUAGAUUCAAAUCCCUUUUAUUUCUGUCACCUGAAGAAGUGCAAGACACUUAUGCAAAACUACAGUCAAAAGCUGCAGUUUUAAAAGAGGAUGAUCCAGUGCCUUGUGGUGAUGUUCAGGGGGAUUUAGAGGAAGAGGAGACCUGCACAGCAAAAAAAAGAAAGUCUGCACUUGUUGAUCUUCUUGGUCAGACCUUCAAGAAGACCUCUUAUGUCUCUACAUCAGCAACCUCAAUUGCAGAGAAGGAGAUAAAACAAUAUCAAGAUGCUCCUUCUCUGCCUCUCACUGAAGAUCCACUGUUGUGGUGGAAAUCUCAGCAACAUGUGUUCCCUCUCCUUUCCAAGCUGGCCCAUAUGCAUUUGUGUAUUCCUGGGACCAGUGUAGCAGCUGAGAGGGUCUUUUCAACUGCAGGAGAUAUUAUCAGUGCCCAAAGAAGUUCACUCACUCCUGAACAUGCUGACCAACUCCUCUUUCUCAAGAAAAAUAUGAACAUAUAAAACGCAUCACAUGAAGCUGUUUUCUAUUUUGUUCUGAAAAAUGUUUAUUUUUGAAUGCACUUUAAGUUAGGUACAUUUUAGAUGUACUUUAUCCCUGAUAUAUUUUAUUUUUUAUUUGAAAGCAGUAGCCCAAAGAUUUAUGUUUCUUGCACUUAAUAGUGUCACUGUUCAUGUUUAUGAAGGACAAUCAUAUAGUAUUGUUUACACUGAAUCUGUCCUCAGCCUUACAGCUGUUUUGCACCCAAAUGGUGUCACCGUUUGUCGAAGACAUAGUAUUACUACUGAUUGCAGCAAUGUUACACUAAAAUAGUGUCUGUGACUGUUUUGUUGCAACUAAGUCACAACUUGUUUUUGUUUCAUCCAAAAAUAAAUAAAUGGAGACUCAUUUUACUAAUUAAAAAAAAAACUUCUUAUUUCUUAAAACAUGAUAUAUUGUGAGUUAUUACUGAUAAUAUAUUGAUUAUCGUCAUAUCGUGAUAUUAUCAUAUCGUGAGCAAUGUGUCGCGUAUCGUAUCGUAUCGUGAAGUACCCAGUGAUUCCCAGCCCUA